AUGGCGUCUCGUGCUGCUGCAGCGUUGUUCUUAUUGCCGCCCCCACCCUCCUUCUCGCUUGCCGAAGUCAAGGUGUCCUUUGAACAACCACUAUCAGAUGUUCUAUCUAGGCUCGGCCAGUCCGUGAGGGGAACUGAUAAGAUUGCCAUCCUUGACAUAGCCCUGGCAGUCCCCACGCUGCACUCCGCAUCAAAUAAACCACAAGCCAAGAUCUUUCCCCCACUGCAGCAUUACCUCGCAAGUUUCUAUACUUUGAUUGGCGCUAUUGCUACCGCACGAGAUAUAGAGCUGGACUCUCCCGGCGGCCUCGACAUUCGUGUGGUGUUCCUUGACCAACCGACCUCUAGUCAAGAUGUAUCUUACACGGGCUCGCAUUUCGAAACCGGGCCCAUUGUAAGUCUACAAACAAUAGCGUCCUCAGGUCGACAGUGGGACCAAAUCUUCUAUCUCGGCAAUACAGCCGGGCAAGAGUUGCGCCCUCUUUUCUGGGAAGCAUCGCGGAAGCGUCCAGAGGUCCAACAGUAUCGAAAGCCACCGCCAUAUCUGGUCCCGGGGAUUGAGCCCAUCGGCCCCAAUAGCCCGGACCGAGAACGAAUCCUGACUAUUGGAGUGACGGGAGAUGAACUGCUGAAGAAAAAGAAGUACGCGGAGUGUUUGGAAAGUUGGGAACAGCGCUAUCAGAGUACGGCAGCCUUCCUUUCGGCAAUAAUGGAUUUCACUGGGAAUAAAAACUUGGAAGUAGAGCGCACCAGGACGGCGGAUGGGAGGGGGCAGGUGGUUCUUCUGCAGGUUCAGCCGUACCUUCGCUUCAAAUUCGAGGAGUUCUUCGACGUCUGUGGGCCCACAGCGACCGACGAGGAAAUCACCGCCCUAGUCUUGUCCAAGGAGACUCAGGCUGGAGGGGCCUUUGUGAACUCCGAGCGGGCUAAAAAAGGGUGGCAUACGUUGGCCGUCUUUGAAGUAGAUGUCCUUCAUUCCGGGAGAGGCCACGGAUACCAAUAG